AAUGUUAAUUAUUUGUAACCGGCUAUCUACUUUGGAGAUACCGGUUAUUUCCAAGAACUGAAAAUUGGGAUCUCCUCAGCAACAAACAGGGCGGUUGUACGUGUCGUUGUAGAAAUGGCAGUGCGAGCGGCGUCCCAUGCCGGUAGCUGGUAUAACAGCAACGGGCGCGAGCUGGACAAACAGCUAGAGCAGUGGCUGGACGAGUCCGUGCUGUCCCACGGGCCGGCCAAGGCCAUCAUCAGUCCGCACGCGGGCUACGCUUACUGCGGGGCGUGCGCCGCCUAUGCCUACCGCCAGAUCAGUCCGGUGCUGGUGAAAAAGAUUUUCAUUCUUGGCCCGUCGCACCACUACCGCAUGUCGGGCUGCGGCCUCAGCACCGUCGACCGCUUCGCCACGCCCCUCUACGACCUGCGGGUGGACAAGCAGGUGUACGACGAGCUGCUGGCCACCAGGCACUUUGAGCAGCUGUCGAUCGGCGUGGACCAGAACGAGCACUCGCUCGAGAUGCAGCUUCCGUACGUGGCCAAGGUGAUGGAGGACUACAAGAACGAGUUCACCAUCGUGCCGGUGAUGGUGGGCAGCCUGUCGGCGGCCAAGGAGGAGCUGUACGGCGAAAUCUUCGCCAAGUACCUGGCCGACCCGACUGUUUUGUUCGUCAUCUCGUCUGACUUCUGCCACUGGGGCGCCCGUUUCAACUACACCUUCUACGACAAGACGAUGGGCAACCGCAUCCACGAGUGCAUCACCAAACUUGACCGCCUCGGCAUGGACACUGUGGAGCGGCUGGACGCGUCGGCCUUCCACAAGUACCUGCGCAAAUACUCCAACACCAUCUGCGGUCGCCAUCCGAUUGGCGUCCUACUCCACGCCGUCGCCGCCCUGCGCAAGGCCUCGCCGCCCCCACCGCCCAUGAGCCUCAAGUUCUUGAAGUACGCGCAGAGCUCGCAGUGCCUCCACGCGUCCGACUCGUCUGUCUCGUACGCUUCCGCCUCGCUUGUCUUUGAGUGACGCCCCACGAUGAUGCACAACACUGCCAGACUUCUUUACUAAAACGCGUGCCACGCCUCCCGCAGCACCAUGGUUUAUUUUCCUUCCAAAUUUUCCGCCAUGUCCGGUGAAAAAUAUUUUCUUGAACUAUUGAAACAAAACAAUCGCAAUAACCUAGAUGCGUUUGUAAUACAGGGUCGCAAUUUUUUUUAGUUUCGAUUAUCUUGCAGGCAAGGUAGUUAACUGCCAGUGACCUAGUCUUGAGCUGUGAGCAGACAGAAACUCACGUUUUAGUGUUCAAAGCCGCCAAUAGGUGGCACCACCGAAAACUAGCGAUUUUAAGGCAAUUCCGCUGCGAUUUCAGUGCCUAUGUGUAUUCUGCACUAUUUUUGACUAAAAUCAGUCCAGCCAAUCAACAUAGUGAGGUCAGCAGAAAUUAUUUGUUCAAAUAUUGUUUUUUAGGUUUCCUCUGCGAUUCGCUGAACCGAUUUUUGGCCAAACACAUACAAACUAGCAAGGCUGAGCUCAAAAUCGCAGCGGGAAAGCUAAAAUAGGUGACUAAUAUGUGGCGGCUUCAAACACAAAGAUUAUUUAAGGGCAGAAAUAGCCAAAGAUGCAGAUUCUUUUCAAAUUUACCUUCAAAUCUUGCAUGUUUUCUUGAAGAAAAUAUCGAAAAGUUUAUUUCUUCUGCAAGAAAUUGGUAAUAAAAAGUUGGUGUGAAAAUGCAACCCUUCUGUAACAGUGAGUUUUAAAUGUGAAUGUUAAUAAAAUAGGCCAAACACAAAGAGUGGUAAAGUGAUAAAUUAUUUUUAUUAGCUCUAGAUUGUCAACGUUGUGAAAAAAAAAAUCAGUUUUAGAAUAAAUUGUAAUUUUACCACUUGCCGUGCUUUGCCAAUAUAUGCAUUAAUUUAAUUUGCAAUCCAAUUUACUCGUCAAUAUGUAUUUAAGAAAAUCAAUUUCUCACCGGUCAUGUCAAUUAAAUCCUUGCUCAAUCUUUGGCAAUUAUUCUUUUCCGUUGCAAGUUUUAGCUGAAACCAUUCUGUGUUACUAGAGGAGAGUAUCAUUGUUUCCUCGAGUUCUCUCUCAUGCAUCUAGUUUUAAUUAUAUUACUGUCGAGAACAUUGUGCAGUUUGGACUGAUGAGAAUUGCAGUUAUAGGUAGCCAAUAAUCACGGUGAAUUGGCGAGAAAACUGAUGAUGUGUCGUUUUAAUAUGGAGUAAUAAUUAUAAUGUUUGCUUGACAAACUCGUCGAAUGGAAAUAUUAUAUAUUGAAUGCAAGGGCAACUGCUGAGCUUUCAAGUGAUCUUGUUGUCACCCGAGUAUUUCUGUGAGAUCUAACGAUACUACUUGUUGAUUAUUCGUCGAAGCCCAACUAUUUAUGAGAAAAUUAUCUGUCACGCUCGCAAACACGAAGAGCAAUCUAAUUUAUUUAGCGAGUAAGAUUUCCAAAGGAUCUUUAUUUCCUCGAAAGUUUGAAACAAUCUUUUGGUAGUAAUUUAUUUGGGUUUGCACUGCAUGCAAUGAGCGUAGCUUGAAAUGACCUGGAAAAUAAAACAAAAUCAAACUUUGAUUUGUAAGAAA